ACUGAGGCGGGCUGGCUCAGUGCAGCAGCAGCGGCGGGGGAAGAUGGCGGCGGCUGUUCCGCAGCGUGCAUGGACCGUGGAGCAGCUGCGCAGCGAGCAGCUGCCCAAGAAGGACAUUAUCAAGUUUCUGCAGGAUCACGGCUCAGAUUCGUUUCUUGCAGAGCAUAAAUUGCUGGGAAACAUAAAAAAUGUGGCUAAGACUGCUAAUAAGGACCAUUUGGUUAAUGCCUAUAACCAUCUUUUUGAAAGUAAGCGUUUCAAGGGUACUGAAACUCUAAGUAAAGUAUCUGAACAGGUGAAAAAUGUGAAGCUUAGUGAUGAUAAACCCAAAGAAUCCAAGUCUGAAGAGACUCUUGAUGAGGGUCCACCAAAAUAUACUAAAUCUAUUCUAAAAAAGGGAGAUAAAACCAACUUUCCUAAAAAGGGAGAUGUUGUUCACUGCUGGUACACAGGGACACUCCCAGAUGGAACUGUUUUUGAUACUAAUAUCCAAACAAGUUCAAAGAAGAAGAAAAAUGCCAAGCCUUUAAGUUUUAAGGUUGGAGUAGGCAAGGUUAUCAGAGGAUGGGAUGAAGCGCUCCUGACUAUGAGUAAAGGAGAAAAGGCUCGACUGGAGAUUGAACCAGAAUGGGCCUAUGGAAAGAAAGGACAACCCGAUGCCAAAAUUCCACCAAACACCAAGCUCAUUUUUGAAGUGGAACUAGUAGAUAUUGACUGAAACCAGUACUUCGGAUUGGACAUCAGCAAACAUAAAAAACUAAUGUGGCUAAUUAGAGCUUGUUACUAUUGUAAGGGAAGAGUCAACUGGAAAAUUGAGUUAAAGCUUGUUUACUUGAUCUCAACAUUUGAGAAACAUAAUUCCCUGUAACUCCCUUUAAGUCUCAGAUAUUUUCCUACAGCCAUGUAAAGUAUUCAAGAGAGCUGCUUUUCCUUUUACCUCAUAAACUAAAAGGCUCAAUAAAAAUGUCAUGGAUUGUC